AUGCUAAAAAUAGUGUUUAGUAUCCAUUUUAAAUUUAUGCGAAAAGAAUUUAUUCUUAGCAGUAGUUUGUAAAAAAAAGAAAUAAAAAAUAUAAAAAAUGAAACCAGAUACAUAGAACCCUUUAUAUAUAUAUUUCCAAACAAAAUUUAAGCGCGAUUUUUGUUUGAAAUAUAUUUUAUCAGAAGGGUGAAAGGAUGA